UUAGCUGGUAGUCAGGUAGUAAAUAAAAAUGAGCCUAUGUUUAUAUCGAGGUCAGAAGCUUUUAAAUUUGCUGUUGGAGAUGUGAUAACACUUCCAUGCGAGGUUACACACCCAGGAUCUUUCGUCUUGGCAUGGAAACGUGGCAUUGCCAUCCUGACAGCGGGUCAAAUUAAAGUUUCGCCAGAUCCUAGAGUAAGAUUAGUUAAUGGAUAUACUUUACAAAUCCGGGAUGCUGUUCCGUCAGAUGCUGGAGAUUAUAUUUGUCAAAUUGGCACAUUAGAGCCAAGAGAGAUAACGCAUCAUGUGGAAAUUUUGAUUCCCCCGAAAAUAAAUCAUGUCACAUCUGGGGGCCAUUUGCAAGUGAAAAAAGGAUCACCAGUGCGAUUAGAAUGUUCUGCAAGCGGCAAUCCAAUGCCGAAUAUCACAUGGACGAGGAAAAAUAAUUUGUUACCUAACGGGGAAGAGAAAUUUGUAUCAUCAAAUUAUGUAAUUGAAAACAUGGAUCGUCACAAAGGUGGAACGUAUAUCUGUACAGCGAAUAAUGGUGUGGGACAGACGGCUUCUAGUCAAAUUGCAUUACAUGUUUUAUAUCCGCCAGAAAUUGUGGUCGAAAAUGCGAUUGUAUAUUCAGGUGAAGGACAGGAAGCGACACUGAGCUGCAUUGUUCAUGGCGAAACACAACCAGAAGUUUCAUGGUUGCGGGAUACGAUGCCAAUUGAUCAACACAACGAACAUUAUGCAAUGGAGAAUCGUGGAACUCGUAACACUCUCACUAUACGUAGAGUCAAGAGUCAGGAUUUUGGAAAUUAUUCGUGCGUCGCUGAUAAUCAAUUAGGAAAGAAUAAAAAAAUCAUAACGUUGUCAGGAUUGCCAAGAGCUCCACAAUUCCGUUCGAACGCCCAAAGCCAGUGGAGGGAUAAAUACAACAUUUCAUGGACGGUCGAUUCGUAUGCGCCUAUCGAGGAAUACAAAUUGUAUUACAAGAUGCUUACCCACAACAGCGCUGGCUUCCAAAAUCAUUUAGAUGCGUCUAUGGAUACAAAAAACGUGGAUUCAUAUCCAAGUCAUGCCAAUUAUAAAGAUAAUUCCAAUACAUUCGACAGUUUCUCAUCCUAUUCGAAUGGCUAUGGCGUUUAUCAUCGUCCGACAACCGAUUGGAUUGAUUUGGUAUUGCAACCGUAUCCAUUUUCUACGCAUUACACACAAGGAAUGAGUUACACAAUUAAGAAUUUGGAGCCAGAUCAGCAGUACGAGGCGAAAGUCAUCGCUAGGAAUCGAUAUGGUUGGAGUGAUUUUUCAGAACGUUUUGUCUUCUCCACAUCACUCAUAGAUACUGAAGCGAGGGAUAUGGAAGUUAAACACUACACGAGUACAUCAUCGUCUGUUUUUAUAUCUUGGAGACUAUUAAUACUCGUGCUUAAUUUAAAGUUUGCUUUCUUUGUUAUUCAUUACACUAGGUUCCAACGCCUCGAUUAAAAACUUCAGCCAGCAAAUGGAAAUGUUUUGUUGGGAAAACGCUUGCCGUCUUCUUGAAACACAAAAGCGCAAAAAAAACAUUAUAUCUGUAAGAUAUCUUGUUUCUAAUUGAGCUUUUGAGACUUGAGGAAGCAGUUGAAGUUCAGAGGUGUUGUUUUACAAAUAUAAUGAGUAAAAUCAGUUGAUUUCUUAGCACAUGAGAACGAACGAAAGCUCAGUUCAGCAGCUUAGCGAUAACGAAAAUCGAGGGAAACGAAAUCUAUUUUUAAGAAUUUAAUUAAUUGAAUUAAGUGUAAAAAUGAAACCCACACAUAAACCUUAAAAUUGCCGUCUUGAAUUUGAUGUUGAUUCUUCUUUUGUUGUACAAUCAAAUAUGAAUAAAGGAAUAAAGUUUUAAACUCUGUAAAUAAAUUCAUAUAAGAGAGACAUCUCGUUUAAGUGGAAUCGUGCAUAUAAUUCGUUACGUUUUCAUGAGAAUAGAGAAUCACAAAACUGUUGAUUCAACUUUAGAUAUUAUCAAUCUUUUUGCUACAACGUAACGUAAUAUACGGAUGACUCUCCACCGUACACUUUGAGUGCAACUUUGAUUCUCAUUGUAUGAAUCUUAGCAAAUGCUAACACAAACGACUAUCUGCGAAUGAUUUCAUGAAUAAUUUAUUUAAUUUUAUUAUUCAUAGUCUUGAAAUCGAGUAUUUUUGUAAUUCAGAAUAUGAGGAUACAAGGUGAUUGUUUAAAUAAAUGUCAAAAUACUUUAGUGGUAGCAUUAAUCUGCGUAUGACGAUGCUGGUGGGCAUUUUUACGCUUCUUUCCCAACAACGCGUUGCCAAGAUAAAAACUUAAUGUUGAGUAAUCAAAUGAACAAUUUUCAUUUUUUUCUCUCAUAUUUUACCCUUUCGUAACACAUUUACAUAACGAUACCCUUUUAUAGAUGUGUAGCAUAGAGUUGAAUCAAAAAAGAAGCAUGUAAAAUAGUGAAAAAGAAGAGAACAUUAAACAUAAAUGGUAAAUUUUGUAUAAAAAAUAAUUUAUAAAAGUUUAUAUUAUUAAUUAAGUACCAAAAGUUUAUAUUAUAGCACUAUCAAUAAAAAUGUAUUGUCGAUUGUCGAUGAA